AUGGCUGGGUGGGGACUGACCUGUCAGCCAGGGUCUGUCCACCACGCUCUCCUGGAUACCUCUGAAUGCUUAUCUUCACGAUACGAUGAAAAUAUUCAAAUAAAAACUUUGGCAGAUGAUGUGCGUGACAGAAUAACAAGCUUCAGAAAAUCAGCAGUGAAAAAAGAGAAACCUCUCAUUCAGCAUCCUAUUGACUCUCAACCUUCUAUAAGUGAAAUCCCGCUUGCCCAGGCACUUGUUGAUGAGCGUUGCAUGAACUUAUCAGAAAAAGAAGUCAUGGAUCUCUUUGAAAAAAUGAUGGAAGACAUGAAUCUAAAUGAAGAACGUAAAGCUCCUUUGAGAGAUAAAGACUUGACCACAAAACGUGAGAUGGUUGUCCAGUACAUUUCUGCAACUGCCAAAUCUGGUGGAUUGAAAAACAGCAAGCAUGAAUGCACGCUGUCCUCGCAAGAAUAUAUUCAUGAAUUGCGAUCUGGAAUUUCAGAGGAAAAGCUUCUUAAUUGUCUAGAGUCUUUGAGAGUGUCUCUAACUAGCAAUCCAGUCAGCUGGGUUAACAAUUUUGGACAUGAAGGUCUUGGACUUCUGUUGGAUGCAUUGGAAAAGCUUCUUGACAAGAAACAGCAAGAAAGUAUUGAUAAGAAGAAUCAACAUAAACUUAUCCAGUGCCUCAAAGCAUUUAUGAACAAUAAAUAUGGAUUACAAAGGAUUCUAGGAGAUGAAAGAAGUCUCCUGCUGUUAUCGAGAGCAAUUGAUCCAAAGCAACCACACAUGAUGACUGAAACAGUGAAAAUACUUUCUGCUAUCUGCAUUGUGGGAGAGGAAAAUAUUCUGGACAAGAUUUUAGGUGCUAUAACAACUGCUGCUGAAAGGCACAACAGGGAACGCUUUUCUCAGAUUGUUGAAGGACUGGAAAACCAUGAAUUCUUACAACUUCAGGUGGCGUGUAUGCAGCUCAUAAAUGCCCUUGUUACUUCUCCAGAUGAUCUUGAUUUCAGGAUACACUUGAGAAAUGAGUUUUUACGUUGUGGCCUGAAGAAGAUAUUGCCUGGCUUGAAAGAUAAGGAAAAUGAAGAGCUUGAUAUUCAGCUGAAAGUGUUUGAUGAGAACAAAGAAGAAGACUUAAUUGAACUGUCACAUCGUCUCAAUGAUAUCAGAGCUGAAAUGGAUGAUGUGAAUGAAGUAUUUCAUCUGCUGUACAAUAUGUUGAAAGAUACUUCUUCUGAAAAUUAUUUCUUGUCAAUUCUCCAACAUUUUCUUCUCAUCAGGAGUGAUUACUAUGUCCGACCUCAAUAUUACAAGAUAAUAGAAGAGUGUGUAUCACAGAUAGUAUUGCACUGCAGUGGCAUGGACCCAGAUUUUAAAUGCAGAGGAAGAAUGGACGUGGAUUUUACUCAUCUUAUCGAUGCAUGUGUGGACAAAGCUAAAGUAGAAGAGAGUGAAAAGAAAGCAGCAGAAUUUUCCAGAAAGUUUGAUGAAGAGUUCACAGCUCGGCAAGAGGCACAAGCAGAGCUUCAGAAGCGAGAAGAGAAAAUCAAAGAACUUGAAACAGAAAUCAAACAGCUACGAACCCAGGGUCCAAGCCUGACAGGUCAAGUGACAGAAGGAGCACCAUUACCUCCAACCCUACCAAGUGAGAAUGUGCCACAAUCCCCAGCGCCUUCAUUACCUGGUGGAGCAAUACCUCCUCCUCCUCCGCCACCUCCACUACCUUGUGGAGUAAUACCUCCUCCGCCUCCGCCUCCUCCGCCUCCACCUCCUCCGCUGCUGGGUGGAGCAGCAAUACCUCCUCCGCCUCCGCUGCCUGGUGGAGCGGCACCACCCCCUCCUCCACCGCCUCCACUGCCUGGUGGAGCAGCACCACCUCCACCUCCUCCGCUACCUGGAGCAGCACCACCUCCACCACCUCCGCUACCUGGUGGAGCAGUACCUCCUCCUCCACCGCCGCCUUUUGGUGGGCCUCCAAUGCCACCACCUCUUGGAGGUGCUCUUUUUGCUCCCUUUCCGGUGACACCAGUGUUACCACAUGGGAUGAAGGAGAAGAAAAAGUACAAGUUGGAAGUCGCAAUGAAGAGAAUCAACUGGUCAAAGAUUGAGCCUCAAGAGAUAGCAGAAAACAGCUUUUGGGUAAAAGCUGAAGAAGAUAAAUUUGAAAAUCCAGAACUGUUUGCAAAAUUGGCAGUUACUUUUGGAACGCAAAUGAAAGCUAAAAAGGCAGUAGAAGAAUCAGAAGAAAAGAAGACAGCUCAGUCAAAGAAAAGGAUUAAAGAAUUAAGAGUUCUGGAUGGAAAAAGCGCACAAAACCUAUCAAUAUUUUUGGGUUCUUUCCGUUUGCCUUAUGAAGAAAUAAAAAAUAUAAUUUUAGAGGUGGAUGAAGAGAAGCUGAGUGAAUCCUUGAUUCAGAACCUAGUGAAGAAUCUUCCUGAGCAGAAAGAACUCAAUGCCUUAGCCGAAUUAAAGGAUGAAUAUAAUGAUCUUGCUGAGCCAGAACAGUUUGGAGUUGUGAUGAGUUCAGUGAAAAUGUUGCGGUCACGUCUCAAUGGUAUCCUCUUCAGGCUUAUGUUUGAAGAGCACGUGAACAACAUCAAACCUGACAUUAUGGCAGUUACACUGGCUUGUGAGGAGAUGAAGAAGAGUGAAAGCUUCAGUAAGCUUUUAGAGUUAGUGCUGUUCCUUGGAAACUACAUGAACUCUGGCUCCAGAAACGCACAGUCUCUCGGUUUUAACAUCAGUUUUCUUUGCAAGAUUCGAGAUACUAAAUCAUCAGAUCAGAAAACAACCUUACUGCAUUUUCUGGCAGAAAUCUGUGAGGAGAAUUACCGGGACAUCUUAAAAUUUCCGGAUGAAUUGCAACAUGUUGAGAGUGCGAGUAAAGUUUCAGCCCAGACUCUGAAGAGCAACCUUGAUUCAAUGAACCAUCAGAUCCAGCGUCUAGAAAAUGACAUUGAGAAUUUCCCGAAAACACAAGAUGAACACGAUAAGUUUGUAGAAAAAAUGAGCAGCUUUGCUGAGAAUGCACGAGAGCAAUAUGAAAAAUUGUCCAACAUGCACAACAACAUGACUAAAUUGUAUGAAAAUUUGGGAGAAUACUUUACCUUUGACCCCAAAGCAAUAAGCAUUGAAGAAUUCUUUGGCGAUCUGAGCAACUUCAGAACUCUCUUUUUGGAAGCGUUAAAAGAAAACAACAAAAGAAGAGAAUUGGAGGAGAAAACGAAGAGAGCCAAACUGGCAAAAGAGAAAGCUGAACGAGAGAAACUGGAGCGACAGAAGAAGAAGCAGCAGUUGAUUGAUAUGAACAAAGAGGGUGAUGAGACUGGAGUGAUGGAUAGUCUGCUUGAGGCUUUGCAGUCAGGAGCAGCAUUCAGAGAUCGCAGGAAACGAACACCAAGAGGACAAGAUUUGGCUAAGGCAGCGCUGAUCCCAGCGCUUUGGGAGGAUCCCAGCGCUUUGGGAGGAUCCCAGCGCUUUGGGAGGAUCCCAGCUCCCAGGUCUUUGGGAGGUCUGAAACACUGCACUAGCGCAACUAUGUUGGCUCCUGAGUGA